GUAAAAAAGUAUUUCCUCUUCAUUUAAUAUUAAAUAUAAACGAAAUAGACCUGACCAGAUGUUAUCAUUCAUUUUAAGAAUAGAAAGUGUGCCCUCUUCAUUUAAUAUUAAAAACUAUAUACGAACAAAAACAAAUCGAGGGUUGCUCCAACUUGUGAGUUGGAAUUACAAGUUCAGGGUGUAUUUUUCAUGACGUCAGGCAAAGCUAAUGUUAUGGUCUUGUUUGCUAUUUUAGGUCAUAUAAGGGCAUUUGUAUUCACUUCAGUUUUUUUCAUGACCAUCAAAAUUCUCCUCACAGGUACUUUAAGCAGAUUUUAUAUUAUAGGUUAUAUGGCUUUAGUGUCAGCAGACAGUUGCCUUUUGUACAGGCAGGAAACAAGAAGUGAAAUAGGUUUUUAGAGUUCAGAGAAACCACAGAUAUGCUCAGACAUGUCUGUGGGUUUGAUGCUACAAGAGGAAAAUUUAAAAUCCUUCUUUUUGAUCAUUUUUAAAAUUAAGCUAUUGAUUUAAGAGGCUUUAAAGAUUCAACAUAUGAUGGGAAUCUGAAGUACACAAGUUAAAAUCUUUGAAAACAGUCACAAUGCUUGAAUCUGGGAAUCAUUAAUAAAGGCUGAGCAACAACAGCCACUGUUGAACAGCUCCACCCAAUAUGUCACAGAGGUGUAGUUACACUAUAAAUAUGUCUGAUCAGAUGCAAAUUCACACAUUUGAACAGAGUAGACUUCAGCAGAUCUCAGGACAAUGUCUGAAGAGCAAAUUUAUCCUGGAGGUUGGAGUGAGACGAAGGAUGCAGAUGGGGAAGCUCAUGGGAUUUGUAAUCAGGUGAAACCUGAAGUGGAGAAAAAGACAGGCAAGAGCUUCAAGGUUUUCACAGCAGUUCAGUACAGGAGCCAAGUCGUGUCUGGAAUGAACUACUGUAUUAAGGUUCAUGUGGGAGGUGACCGCUACCUCCAUCUGACAGUCUGGCGAAAACUCAGUGGAGAAACUCAACUGACCGAUCUGGAGGGGGACCACAAGAUAGAUGAUCCGAUUAUACCUGCCUGAUGGGAUAACUGCAUCAGCACUGUAACCUCUACACAACAGUCCAUGAUCCUUUAUUCAGAAAUGAUUUACACAAAUAUAAAAUACAGUGCUGCCUCUAUGAUAACUGAGCACAAGAAGUAAAUGAGGAACUUUGGAAUGAGGUUGAAUUAAAUUUUGUAAAGUUUAAAAAUAAAUACAUUACGCAUC